CAGCUUUGCAUCUUUCUCCUGUGACGAGACCAACAAGCCCAAUAGUGUUGGAUGCUCCAGCAAUGGGCCUUGCCAGUGACAUAUAUGCUGAAGAAUUAUGGGGAUUAGGCCAUGGCCAUCCUCUCUGGCAACCAAACUCCGUACGGACUGGAGUUAGGAUUGGCGAUGUGGGAUACUUCAUGACUGGCGGCUUUUAUCGCAUUUUCAAUCCAACCGUUGCCACUGAUGACAAGAUUAAUCGCCGUGGAGCACCAGACAACUUACCGUCACUUUACCUCAAGUCGCAGGAGGAUAGCUAUGAUGCCGAUUAUUUCAGGCCGGGUCUACACAACGGGUCUGGAAUCAAACUUAAACCUCGUAUUGAUGAAGACGAGUCAGAGCCCAUAGAGCUGCAGAUCUCGUCCAAGCGUUCCCAGUCUGCCUUCUUUAUUGCGAAGGGUACCGUUGUUAGACGGCACACAACCAACGAACUCGAUUUCAAAAAUUGCCUUUUUGAAAACCAUAAGGAUUGGCUGGAAUACUCACGUGGACAGCGAAGGCUGAUACUUGAUGACGAUGAGUUGCUCUUAGUUCGGGGCUGGGUCAAGACGGAGGCUUGGACAGUAGGGGUACAUCUCCGUCGCCAGCUUGCCGGGCGGGAGAUAGAUCCUCUUGGAGAUGAUGGCGAACCGAUUAAUAUUGCAUUGAAGAUCCUUCCCGCUCCAUCAAGCUACGUCGUGCAAUAUCGGUCUGGUCCCCCAGAGAUGUUGUGGGGUCGAUUCGACGAAGAGCGCGCUUGUUUAGCCCGCCUUCUCGACCCAGCUCAACAGUCUGCAAGCAGUUCACGCAAUCACCAGGACGGCCCAGUGCAAGAAUUAGUGUAUCAAGCUGCGGUUUCCAAUGACCCAUCAGAUUCACAGGUAGAAGUAGUGGGUGCCGAUACGUCUAAUUUCUCGACUCGUGAACCGAGGCGUGACUGUCUUUUCUUGUCGUACUACAAGAUGAAGCCACGAAUGUUGAUAAUUCCAAAGAGGGUCGUUGCUGAAGGAGAGCCCCAGGAUCCAAGAGGUAAUACCGACAACGACGCUAGCGGCUCUGGACUCAGCACACAAUCAUCUCAACCAAGACGCCGGUCGUCAGCUGCUACCUUUCGUCCUUUGGAUGACUUGUUGACGUAUAUACUUGAGAACUCUGAUGCAGACUAUGCCAUCGCAAGUGAUGCCGACGUAUACAGGGACAUGCGUGGCCCGAAGACUUCCCAUCGUUCUACAAGAAUCUCGCACCAAGGCUCUAUGUAGAUGACCGUAAACUCGGAACAUUAUGGAUACCAGAAUACCUUCCCGAGACUUUAUCCCAUGACGAGAACAUGGAUAACGGCACUGUUUCUCAAUCAUCUGUAUCAGGCAACCUUCUUUUGUCAUCUAGAAACGAUCUUAGCCGUAACUUUGACAGUCCACUACCUACUGUGGACCAACAUGCUCCAUUGUGGACUCCGUCCCUCUCGGGGCAAACUGCCAGUCCGGCGUCAGUCCUGAGUUCCAUAGACAUAUGGAGCCCAGAUAAAUCCCACGUAGUACGUCAAAUUGCUUUGUGGAACAUAAUGUGGAGGGCACCGUCUUCUGCCAGUGUCGCGCCGUACCUCAAUCAUCGUGCAGAGCGUACCAUUACCUGUUCUGCGUAACGCGGGUAUAAUGGACUCUAGCCAUUACUUUGGGUUCCUAACUACCCGCCUAAGCUAUACAUUUUCGGUUAUACUUGUCCCCGUUUGUAACCUCCACUGGAAUUCUUGUCCUACCUGGCCCGUAGGCAACCACUUUUGUCUUUUUUUCUCCUGCUUUAUCCUCUUCACGGUCGAUGAGGUUGUAGAGUUCAGCUUAUUUGUACUGCAGAUAAAAAUACCCCCUAGCAUAUAUGUUUUUCGUUUUUCCUUGUUGUACAACAGAUCUUGCAUUGGGUAGUUUGUAGGGCAUAAUGACUGCGUACAAUCUGUGUAGAUUAGUGUCGCCGUCUAUAUCGCAGACGUCGCCGUUUUCCGUGCGUCAUUAGUUCAUUGCUCAGCGCAAAUCCGACAAUUGUACUUUUAUGUC